AUGAUAAUCAAUGUCAUAGGUUUCUGCAAGUCAGACUGUUCUGACUUUGAAGUCUAUUCUGCCUUUUUUCUGCUUAUCCACUAUGAGGCAGUGUCUCCGAAACCGGAGUCUCAGAGGAGCGCGGCGCGGGGGCCAGAGGAGAGGCAGGGGUCCGACUCAGAGACGGCGCCACCGCCCCUGUCAGCGCCGCUCGAUGGCCGGUGGCCGUCGUCUUUUCAGGGACAGGAAGGGCAGCCCAGAGAGCGGGAACUGUCAGUAAUACAGGAGUUGGAGUCGAAGCAGUCUGGGAAACCGGAUUCAGUCGCACAAGAGUCAGAAUUGGAACCUGUAGUGCCCGAGGUUGUCACCGGGAACCGCUGCAAAACCGACUGCCUGGAAGCGCCGCUCUCCCGCGCCUUCCAGCGGCUGGGAUGGGUGGUAGGGUCGUACCCCUGGGUCUUCCUGCUGGUGCCUAUGGUGCUGACGGCCGUCCUCGGCACUGGCUUCAUCUUCCUCCCGCAUGAGGAAGAAGACCUGGAGGAGCAGUACACCCCAAUCGCGAGCCCGGCCAAGGCGGAGCGGCGCUUUGUGCAGGAGCAUUUUCUCGCCAACGACUCCUAUAGCUUCUCCGCCUCCAGGAGGAGCAGCGAGUACAAUUUCGCCUCCAUUCUGGUGAUCUCCCGCUUCGACACGGUACUGGAACAAGACAUCUUUAGAGAAAUAAGCAAACUGGACAGGGCCGUGCAGACGUUGUAUGCAGUGCAUAAUGGCACCAAGAUCGUCUUCAGUCAGGUGUGCGCCAAGUACAUGACCGCCUGCGUGCCCCCCAACCCGCUCCUGCGCGCCUGGCAGCUGGACAAAACGCUCUACCUGAGGAACCUCACCUUCCCCAUCUACAGCCACAAGGGCCAGCUGGUCCACCUGGUCGGCUCCCUGGGAGGAACCAGCUUGGGUGAGAUGGUGGGAAUGGGCAAGCUUAUCCUGCAGGCCAAAGCCAUGAGGCUGGUGUACUUCCUGAAGUCCGAGCAGCAGGUGGACAAAGAGCAGAGCAAGCAGUGGCUGAUCCAGUUCCUGGACCACAUUAACAGACUUAUGGCCAGCCUGGCCUUGGAAAAAAUCAAGGUGGUCUACUUUACAUCCCUUUCCAGACAACUGGAAUUUGAGGCAACAUCUAUGACAGUGAUUCCUUUGUUUCACUGGGCAUACAUUCUAAUCAUACUAUUUGCUGUGUUAUCAUGCUACAGGUGUAACUGUGCACAAAACAAAAUAUGGGUUGCAAUCUUUGGAGUGAUUUCUGCUAUGUUGGCAGUGGUGAGCAGCUUUGGCCUGAUGUUAUACAUUGGGGUGCCAUUUGUGAUCAUAGUUGCAAAUUCACCAUUUCUUAUUUUAGGCGUUGGGGUUGAUGACAUGUUUAUUAUGAUUUCUGCCUGGCAGAAGACCAGGGUUGUGGAUAACAUAAGAGAACGGAUGUCCGAUGUCUAUUCAAAGGUGGCUGUGUCCAUUACAAUCACCACUCUCACCAACAUCCUGGCCUUCUACACAGGGAUUAUGAGCUCUUUCAGGUCUAUACAGUACUUCUGCAUCUAUACUGGAACAACCCUGCUCUUUUGUUAUGUUUAUAACAUCACCUGUUUCGGUGCAUUUAUGGCUCUGGAUGGUAAAAGAGAAGUAAUCUGUCUCCGCUGGUUGAAAAAGACAGAGACUCCCGAACAACAAAGUUCCUCACUGAAAAAGUUCUGCUGUUUCCCCUUUGGCUUUGAACCAGAAGAACAUGAAGCUCAUAUCCAUCCAAUGAACGUGUUCUUUAGAGACUAUUUUGGCCCUUUUCUCACAAGCACUGAGUCCAAGUUUUUUGUAGUGCUGAUAUACAUUUUAUACAUCAUAUUAAGUAUAUAUGGGUGUCUCCAAGUGCAGGAAGGUUUAGACCUUCGAAAUUUGGCAAGUGACGAUUCCUAUAUCAGACCAUAUUUUAAUGUGGAGGAGGACUAUUUUUCACAUUAUGGUCCCAGGGUUAUGGUUAUUGUUACCAAAAGUGUUGACUACUGGGAUGAAAAUGUUAGGCAAAAAUUGGGAAAAUGCAUGAAUGAUUUUAAAAAUAAUGACUAUAUAGAUAAAAAUCUUACAGAAUUUUGGUUACAAGCUUAUUUGCAGUAUAUGAAAAAUAACAACCAAGAUCCUAAUGAUAAAAAUACUUUUAUGAAUAGCAUUUCUGGUUUUUUAACACAGUUUCCAAUUUUUACAUAUGAUAUUAAUAUUUCAUCAUCAAACGAAAUCAUUUCUUCCCGGGGCUUUAUUCAGACUAUAGAUAUUUCCUCCUCAAUCAGUAAGAGGUUGAUGUUACUCCAAUUACGAGGCAUAGCUGAAAAGUGUGAAAUUCCCCUAAUGGUGUAUAACCACGCAUUCAUAUAUUUUGAUCAGUAUUCUGCAAUAUUAGAAAACACCAUUCGAAAUGUCAUAGUAGCAUCGGCAGCUAUGUUCCUUGUUAGCUUAUUCUUAAUUCCUCAUCCAAUGUGUUCCUUGUGGGUAACUUUUGCUAUUGCUUCUGUGAUUGUAGGAGUAACAGGUUUCAUGGCAUUCUGGAACGUCAAUCUUGACUCCAUAUCCAUGAUUAAUCUUAUCAUUUGUAUAGGGUUUUCUUUUGAUUUUUCCGCACACAUUUCCUAUGCAUUUGUUUCCAGUUCUCAGCCCUCAUUAAACCAAAAAUCAAUUGAGGCGUUAUAUAUGCUAGGUUAUCCAGUGCUACAAAGUGCAGUUUCAACAGUAAUAGGGGUAAGUGUUUUAUCUGUAGCUAAAGCAUACAUUUUCAGAACAUUUUUUAAGAUUAUGUUUCUUGUUAUGGUAUUUGGGGCUAUUCAUGGCCUAAUUUUUAUUCCGGUAUUCUUAACUUUUUUUUAAAGGUUUAUUUAAAUAGCCACUAACAAAGACCAGUUAUAGAAUUCCUCAUUGCCCCAAUCCAAUCUGACUUUUAAAAAAUGCACUAUUGAGAAUAGUCAAUAAACUUAAAACAAAGGCAUGUUUCCUUGACUUGGAAAUCCCAUUUUUAAUUGUUACUUUAAAAAUCCAGAGAAAAAUUAAUUAGUCUUACAUUAAAAUACCUUUACUAAAGUAGGAAGUGUUGUCAUCUUUAUUAUAGUCUCUACAAACAACUGUAAGGUAAAAUAUUCUUGUUAUUUUUCCUUUGAGUUCAUCAUUAGAAGUUUAUACCUGGAAUUCAAGUAGUUUAUAUAUUGUUCAGACUAAAAAUGGAACAUUAUUUUAUUAUAUUUCCUAAAGGCAUUAUUAUGUGAAAAUGCAACUUAUUAUUCUCCAGUUGGGUUUUUUAAAUGCAUUUUCAUAAUGGUAUAGUUUGAUGACAGAAGUUUUUAAGCAUAUAAAUUCAAUUUAUCAUUUUUUAUUAAUGGUUAGAGUUUUCUGUAUCCUCUCUAAGAAGCCCUUUACUAGUCCAAGGUGACAAAA